AGCACGGCCCUUCCGAGCAGCGGCGGCCGCUCAGCCCCGCGCCCGCCGGGCUGCGGAAAGCAGCAGCCGCCUCUCCCGCCCGCGCUUGAGCCCACCUGUAUCCUGCUCCUUGCGCAUCCUCCUCUUCCUGAUCCCAAAGGAUUGCUGUCCCUGCAGCCCCGGCGGCUGCGAGCGCCUCUGGCACCUCAGAUCGCGGCCCCCCCCAACCCCCUGGCGCCCGGUGCCGCUCCCCCCCGCCCCGGCAGAGCCCGGCGAGAGCCAACGGCGGCAGCCUGCUGCCGGCACGUGGGUUGCGUAGCUCCGGCCACCACAGAAGGACCUUGUUCGCUCCUGGCCGGUGCUGGCCGCGGGGCUGGGCCGGGCUCGGAUGCGCUCUGAGGCUGCCUCGUCUCAGGGCGUUAAAUAUUCAUGCUGCUGAUUUCCUCUUAGCGGGGCUGGAGCGAGCCGCGGGGCAGCGGCGCUGGACCGGGCAGAGGGGCCGCAGCCAGCCCCGCCUCAAGACAAUGGGAUUUGCGGUGGAGCAACGCGGGGCCGUGGGGCUUGAGCAGCUCCGCGCUGGGGGCCGAGGAUGCUGACCCCCCCCCCGGGGCGUCGCCACAGACCCGUUUCCUCCGCGCCGCAGCGGGGUUGAGCUCCGUCCAUCCGGCUCUGCACAGCCUUUGCUGACGCCGCUCGGGAUCGAUCGGCUGCGCCGGCACCGAGCCCGGCAGCCCCCCAGCCCCGCUGCCUGGCGCCCCGGGGCCGGCUCUCGCUGCCGGCCAUGCCGGGCUGGCGCGGCCCCGGCACGGAGCUCGGCCGAGGCUUGUGCCUGGGGGCAGCUUCCGCACUGGGACCCUCCAUGGGGCCCCCGUGAGCCCCCGGUGGCUGCUCCAGGCGGGCCGGGAGCCCUGCUCGGCGCUCUCAGCAUGGAUCUCCUGCAGAAGAGCAAAUACAGCCACCUACGGAACGAGUCCGUCUCCUCCCUGGAGGAGGCCGUGGGGGUCCCGGGCUCCCCGGUGGAGCCCCUCGCGGGCACACGGUCGCUCUCUGGCUCCUUGUCCUCUUCCUCCCUCGGCCCCGCGGCGCCUCUCGGGGAGCUCUCGCCCGAGUCUGAGGACAGCCCCACCACCCUCUGCUCCUUCUUCCCCAAAAUGGCCAACCUGAAGCUCUCCAACCCCGCCAACCUGCUCAGCCUGCGUGGCUCCUCGGGCAGCGGCAGCCCCGGGGAGCCCCCAGCACCGGCACCGGGGGGAAACGCCAGCCCUGGCUCAGCGGGACCUGUUGCUGUCUGUUCCCAGGAUAUGAACAAGCUGAGCAGCGGGAAGAAGACGCGGGUGGAAGGCGGCCAACUCGGGGGGGACGAAUGGACCCGCCACGGCAGCUUCGUCAAUAAGCCCACCCGCGGAUGGCUGCAUCCCGAUGACAAGGUCAUGGGCCCCGGGGUCUCCUACCACGUCCGUUAUAUGGGCUGCGUGGAAGUCCUGCAGUCCAUGAGGGCUUUGGAUUUCAACACCAGGACGCAGGUCACCAGGGAGGCCAUUGGGCUGGUGUGCGAGGCCGUGCCUGGUGCUAAGGGAGCUGUGAGGAGGAGGAAGCCCUGCGGCCGCUCCCUCAACUCCAUCCUGGGCAAGAGCAACCUGAAGUUCGCGGGCAUGCCCAUCACCCUGACCAUCUCCACCAGCAGCCUCAACCUCAUGGCUUCUGACUGCAAGCAGAUCAUUGCCAACCACCACAUGCAGUCCAUCUCCUUCGCUUCUGGGGGAGACCCGGACACAGCCGAGUACGUCGCCUACGUUGCCAAAGACCCUGUCAACCAGCGAGCCUGCCAUAUCCUGGAGUGCCCCGAGGGCUUGGCGCAGGAUGUGAUCAGCACCAUCGGGCAGGCCUUUGAGCUGCGCUUCAAGCAGUACCUGAAGAACCCCCCGAAGCUGGUGACACCCCACGACAGGAUGGCCGGGUUUGAUGGAUCUGCCUGGGAUGAGGAAGAGGAGGAACCAGCCCCCGAUCACCAGUACUACAACGAUUUCCCUGGCAAGGAGCCUCCCAUCGGGGGGGUCGUGGACAUGCGGUUGCGGGAUGGGGCUGCUCAGACCCCCAAUCACUUGGGGGCCACACUGCCUGUCGGCCAGUCCAGCGGGGAGUACGACACCCAGAAGCAGCACGCUCCUGCCCAAGGAGGGAGAGAGAAAUACCCGGCUCCGGUGGGUGCAUCCGGCCGCACGGACCUGUUUGAUGACCCAUCGUAUGUCAACGUGCAGAACAUGGACAAGGCCCGCCAAGCGUCGGCCGCCGGCCCCCCCGCCACGGCCAACGGCAGCGCCCAGAGAGACCUCUUUGACAUGAAGCCUUUUGAAGACGCUCUGCGCGUCCCCCCGUCCGUGCCCGUGGGGCUGCCCCCUGCCCAAGUGGUGGCCUCCAUGGAGGAGCAGCUGAGACGGGAGCCCUGGUACCACGGGAAGAUGAACCGCAAGGAGGCCGAGAAGCUGCUGAAGGUGAACGGAGACUUCCUGGUGCGGGAGAGCACCACCACGCCGGGGCAGUACGUGCUCACCGGCCUGCAGGGCGGGCAGCCCAAGCAUCUGCUGCUCGUCGAUCCCGAGGGAGUGGUGCGGACAAAAGACCAUCGCUUUGAGAGCGUCAGCCACCUCAUCAGCUACCACAUGGACAAUCACCUGCCCAUCAUCUCGGCCGGCAGCGAGAUGUGCCUGCAGCAGCCGGUGGAGAGGAGACUCUGAGCGCCCCUGGGGCGCAGCCCCCCGGCCCUGCUCCCUGCCCAGGGCACCCUUGGACUCUGAGCCGGGUGCUCUGCCGGGACUGAGCAUGGACGCGGCCGGGGCCUGUCCCCGGUGUCACGCAGCGCUGGUGCAGCGCGAGCUGCCGGCAUGGCCGAGGAGGGGGUCUCUUCUUGCCAAAGCCCCUGCUGCCCCCCAGCUCCAGCCAUCCCACAGCAGCUCAGCUCCUGCCACAGCCUGGCCCCGCUCCUGUGCCGUGGCCGCUCACACCCACCGGCGUGGGCACGGGGAUGGAGGAGCCGAGCCCCCGGGGUGUGGAGGGGGGCACAUCCCCCCCCCCCCGGCCCCAUUCUGACUGUACCCAGUCACUUUACGUGUUAACUCUGUGCCUUGACCCACAGGUCCCACACUCUUAUGCAAUGGCGGGGGGCCGGGGAUGGAGCCCCCCCCUCCCCGUGCUCCCAACCCCACCGUGCCCCUUCCCGGGACGUGCCCCGGCAGCCGGGGGGUGGCGGGAGCCUCCCCCCCCCUAAUGCAUGGUGUUCCUCCCCAAGCCAAAGCGCAGCCCUGCCCCGGGCCCUGCUCUACCAAAGGAAACGGCGCUCGGUAUUAAAGUUGGUAUUUCUCUA